UAAGCUCUCAUCUGUUUCCUCUCCCGCUGAAGAGAAGGAUCCCUCCUGCUUGUGUUUCAGCACCAUGGUCAGUGCGAAGACGCUCCUCCUAGCAGUCACUUGCUGCUGUGCCUACCUGAGGCUGGCUCUGGCAGAGGACUCCUCUCUGGAGACGCGCUCGCUGGAUUUCCCCAUUAAAACCCAACAAGAAAAAGACCUGAUUGAUGCUCUGCAAGAGGUUUUGGAAAAGCUGAGAAGCAAAGAGAUGCCUUUAGAGAAGAAGCUCGGCUGGUUACCUUCAUGUGACGCAGGGGAGCCGUGCGCCGUGCGUAAAGGAGCGCGCAUUGGAACGCUGUGUAGCUGUCCACGAGGGACGGCCUGUAACUUCUAUGUUCUGAAAUGUUUGUGAAGGACGAAUUAAGACAAAUAAAGACGUGAGAAACGGCAGAGAUGUCUGUUGAUUAGUGGUGGAA